AUGUCAUUAUAUGAAUUCGAAGUUGUUUUAUGGAAUCCUGCAACUAGAGAAACAAAGGUUGUCCCCAAAUCAAACCUGCCCCGCCUCCCACCCUAUUGGUAUCAGACCAUAAUUGAUUCUAUCGAAUUUGGUUUUGAUGCCAAAACUAAUGACUACAAGAUAAUCAACCUUCUUACUCCCUAUGACGAAGAAGUUAACUCAUUCGAUGAAACUUGUGAAAGGAUAAUCGAAAGUGAGGUAUAUAGCUUAAGUGCCGAUUCUUGGAGAAAAGGUGAUAGGUCCCUGUGCUGUACUGGUGAGCUUUAUAUCGGUGGUUUGAACACAUACAUCAAUGGCAUGGCUUCUUGGGAGCUAUCUGUUCGUGGUUGGGAGGGUGUCUUGUCAUUUGAAAUGAGCGACGAGGUAUUCCUAAAAACACCGGUGCCAGAUGAUGUUUUGAAUGAUCGUUGGAGUCACUUUUUCUUGUUGAAGGAAUCGAUUGCUAUGGCAGUUACUAUAACAGUUGAAGGUUGUAGCGUCCUAGAAUUUUCAAAGUUAUUUAAAUAG